AUACGUCACAGGUCAAAGUUGAAAUUAGCACAAAACAUUGGACCAGCAUGAAGAAGGAGCAAUGUAAAAGAUGGGGAGAGUGUCAAAGCACAGACCUCUGCAGAGGAAGCAAGAAUGUAUCCCCCCCUGGAGAAGAGACCUCUGCAGGUGGUGGAGUGUCUCUUGGAGGAUAGCGUACUGGAGGACUUCCUGGUUGACUGUGUGAGUACCAUAAAGAUUGAGGUCUACAAAAAGACAGUUGAGGAGAGAUCUAUUGUGAAGCUGUGUGGCUAUCCUGUCUGUUCAAAUAAACUGGGCUAGGUCCCCACUCAACAGUUAAACAUUUCCACCAACACCAAUAAAGUCAAUGACAUUACAGAACGCAAGGUCAGUGUACAGAAUCAGAUAUUCUGUUGUUAAUUCUGCUACAAAGCCUCCAAGUCAUUUGAGCUGCAGAUUUCAAAGAGCCCUCUAUGAUUGAGGCAGCACAAGAGCGGUAGCACUGGAGAGGAGGAGAGGCUGACGAGGUGUUUCAGAGAGGAGGAUGUGAGGAACCUUCCCCUGUACUCUGUGGCCCCAGAGAACCCCAGAUGAUCCCGUACAGCCGGUCACAGCGACACAGAACAGCACUUUGUUUCCAGCGUAGUCUCCCAGCAACAGGGACCCAGGGUGCGCUGGGGCAGUCUGCCCAAGCACAUCAAAUGAAGGGGUGGGGGGAACGAGAAGAGGGAGAGAAGGUCGGGAGGGAAGGACACAAAGAUGCCAAAACAAACAAACAAGGCUGAAGACAAGAAGGAAGAGAAUACAGAAGAAUCACAGAAAGAACCAACAAAGACAAUCAAUGACAUAGAUGGACCCCAACAACACACAACAGAUACAAACCACCCCAGUAAGCAGCAGCCUUUCCUGGAAGAGAGAGGCUCACCAGAGGGCCAGUCUAUGGAGGAUGCCGCAGCACUACUGAGCCAAGUCACAAUGCAGGAUAGAGAUCCAGUCACGGUUACAUCUUCUGUACUAACAACCGUCAACACAUGCAGUGUACAGAAUCAAGAUCCAGCUACAACCCCCAACCCUCAGUGGGACUCAACCCCAGCACAGCCCACCCAGCCGGGCCUCAGGAUCACCCAGUUGGGCAUGAGCAGGAGGGGGGCCCAGGGGCUCCUCAAGGGCCACGAAACUACUCCAAAACCUGGCUCGGUCUGACUGAACCUUCUAGAAGUCCUAUGGAGUUCCUUCGACGAAUGGUGGACUGAGGAGACUAUGAAGUUCCUAUAUGGCCCAGACCACUUUAAUAAAACAACAGUAGAAACGAAGAAGAAAAAGGAGGAAGAAGAAGAACUGGAUGAAGAUAACCUGGAGGAUGUUGUAGAAGGGGUUGGGGAUGGAGGGGACGGCGGGUCCCCAGAGGGUCAGGGAGUUCUACAAAGGGGAGGAAGCCCACUGGGUGUCAGGGAAACGGGCCCUGAGACUCAGAGCAUUGGAGAUGUUAAGCGUGAUGAUGAUGAUGAUGAUGGACCAGAGUGGUUGGUUGAUUCCCAUGCCUAGCACCUCAUACAGAAACACAUAACGGUUGAGAAGCUCACUAGAGGGUGUGUGUAUCUGUAUGAAAAUGCUGCUACGGUUUUAUGCAAUGGAAAUGUGGUCACUGAUGUGCUGAUAGUUGACAACCAGCAAUAUUACAGAAGCAUUGGUAAUCAAGUUCUGUGUAUAUGCGUGUGUAUUUAUAUGUCCGGUUUUCCUCAUCUUGGGAAACGUCUCACCAUGACUGACAUCUCCAGUGACCACAACAGCCUGGUCAGGACCUUCAGGUUCACCAACACCAACAUUAUCCACAAAGGCCCAGAGGGGACCAUGAUCGUUAUGGUGCUCCUCAAUCUGUUAUCAGUGGUGUACGGGAGGCCCUGAAGAGCCCGACCUCAGUCGAAUACCUCUAUUCUGAUGUAGCAGCUGUCACUUCAGGACCUACAGAGCCUAGUCUAGCUACUCACAACCAUAGCAAUCCAGUAUCCUCUACUAUAGACUACUUUCUUUACUGUUACAGCCAAAUCUUGACAUGUUUCCUAUCAGAACGGCAAGGGCUGGCGGUAUCGAGGUAUCGGUAUCAAGGGCUGGCGGUAUCGAGGUAUCGGUAUCAAGGGCUGGCGGUAUCGAGGUAUUGGUAUCAAGGGCUGGCCGGUAUCAAGGGCUGGCGGUAUCGCGCUUCUGAUAUCAUUGAUUUACUUUUAUUUGAAAUCACUAUUGGAGAACCUUGCCUUGCCUUUUUUGUAUUACUUUGGUUUGGUUGAUUUUUCAGUUUUAUUGAUACAACUAUUGAGAAUUGAGAGAAAUUACUUUUCAUCUUCUCUCAGGAUAUGGACAGUGCUUGUUGAGGCUUUAGUGCUCUGAAAUGAAGACUGUAAUUUCCAAGAAGAUUGUGCAGACGUACUGUAUCAUCGAAUAGGCUUGUUAUUACACAGGUGCAUAGUUUACAGCUUCAUGGCGGAAAUAUAUAGUCGUAUUAUGCCUCUCCUAAUUUUCAAACAAACACUGAUAUACUGAAUCUGAUGAUACUGUAAAUGUCUAAAUCAAAUCUUCAAAGUUACAAGCCUCCCAAUGUUUAACCCCAUGCUUCUAUACAACCAAAUAAAUCACACUCAGGUUUUCCACUGUGUAUAAAAAUGUCAUGUGAUCGACUAUAUUGCCAUACUGGAAGAGGAUGGUGCAAUAAAUGUGUCGCUGUUUGUCCCAGCUUCCUUCACAGGAA